UUCGCCAUUACAACACCAUUUUCCUCUUCUCUCCACCGUAUCCAAUUCCCUCUUCUUCUUCUUCCUCACACUUUCUCUCUUUCUCUCUCUCUUCCUUUUCUUUUUCUUUUGCUCUUUCUCUCAAAUGGAAGAACAAGACAACAGAGAACUUGAGCUUCUACCGUCUUCGCGCGCCGAUUCCUCUCUGCUCCGCUUCCGAUCCACGGUUUCUUCGUCUUCGCUGGCGGAGGUAGCGCCUUCUGUGGACCUUCAGCUUUCGAUAAGCGUGGGACGUCCGACGGCUGCGGAGUGCGUGGUGCGGAUGUGCGAGGGCGUGGAGGCCCUGAAGUGGGAGGCGGCGGAGCAAAUCAGGCUGGCGGCGAUGGAGAAGGCGUAUGCGGAGCGGGUGAGGGAGCUCACGCGCCGGGAGAUGGAGAUGGCGCAGUCGGAGUUUGCGCGCGCCAGGCAAAUGUGGGAGCGAGCAAGGGAGGAGGUGGAGAGUGCCGAGCGGAUGAAGGAACGCGCCACCGCCCGCCUCGGCUCCUCUUCCUCCACCUCUUCCUCCUCUUCUGCUAUGGAGAUCACGUGCCACUCGUGCCGGCAGAGGUUCAGGCCUGCCUGAUCGCCCGGACACAUGGAUCCUCUUGUGUUAAAAUUCUUUACACUUAAUUCUCAUCACUGAUCACUUUCAUUUCUCAUCUAUAUUAUUAUUGCUGCUUUUGUUUUUCUUAUCUGUCUUUUGUUGUGUUUCUAACCUACAAUAAGGAAAAUGAAUUGAAAUGACUUUGUUUCAUAAGCAAUAACUGAAAAAAAUAAUUAACCUCAUUUUGUUAUCUUUCUAAUUUCAUUUAUUUUUGUUCAUAUGGUAGAUGAUGAUGAUGAGCUGGAUCAGUAGUAAGUAACAGUAGUACUCGUAUAAUAUUAAGUUUGAUGCAUAUGUUUGAUUAUGACCAGCAAUGAUUUAGUUUUGAUUAUUGAGCUUUUUGUUAUGGAUGAUACUGGAAGGAAAGACUUUACAAGCUUUUGAUGAGACUCAAAAAAGCAUAUUAUUAUCUAAGAGAGUAAGAGAUAUGCUUUUCCACUAGUUAGGACGUUUUUUUCCUUAGACAUA